AUGCCUGAAGAAACUUUCCAUAAGUUAUUGGAAUUAUUACGACCAAAAUUGACCAGGCAAAACACAAACAUGAGGGAAUCAAUAUCUCCAGAAGAAAGACUAAUUGCUACAUUGAGAUAUUUAGCAACAGGCUGUACUUUUGAAGAUUGGAAGUUCUCAACUAGAAUUUCCCCACAAUGUCUCGGACGAAUAAUUCCCGAAACAUGUGAUGCAAUAUAUGAAAUAUUAAGGAAGGAUUAUUUAAAAUUUCCUAGAACAACUGAUGAUUAUUUGAAAAUCGCAAGAGAAUUUGAAACACGAUGGAAUUUUCCAAAUUGUGGGGGAUCUAUUAAUGAAAAACAUGUUCGAAUUAAAAAAACGGCAAAUUCUGGUUCUUAUUUCUACAAUUACAAAAAAUUUUUCAGCGUUGUAUUGUUGGCAAUUGUCAAUGCAAAUUAUGAAUUCAUUUAUGUACAUACUGGAACUAAUGAAAGAAUCUCGGACGGGGGUGUUAUAGAAAAAACAAAAUUUUUUGAGAAACUUAAAAAGAAUGAACUUAAUUUACCUACUCGAGAAAAAAAUAGAGGACAUUUGAAUUAUGUAUUCAUUGGAGAUGAGGCAUUUGCUCUAACAGAAAAUGUUAUUAAACCUUAUACAGCCUACAACUUGGACCACGACAAACGUAUAUUCAACUAUCGUCUUUCGAGGGCACGAAGAGUAGUUGAGAAUGCAUUUGGUAUGCUAGGAUCAAGAUUCAAAAUUUUUCAUAGGGAAAUUAAUUUAUCCUUAGAAAAACUUGACAAGGUCAUACUAGGUUGUUGCGUUCUACAUAAUUUUCUACGAAGGAACUGCGGAAAGGAAACUUAUACAGCUGUAGAAAUGAUUUACUCAGAGGACAUUCAAACCCUGAGUUCGUUGGAGAAUUUGGAUUGCCAAAAUAAAAAUUGUACUCAAACCGAGACUCAAACUGCGAAAAAAGUAAGGAACGAAUACAAGGAAUAUUUCAACGGUAUUGGAAAAGUUCCUUGGCAAGAAGCAAUAAUAAGUUCAUAA